AUGACGGACAGUAAACCCGGGCCGAGCCAGGCCAAACACCCGCAACAGGCGGUCAGUUCGUUGACUAAGCUCUUGAGCGAAUCGAACUCCAAUGUGGCUUCGAAAAACGCAUCCCUGACCAGUUUAAACCUGCCUGGCUUCCUGGAUACGAAAAUAUCCCCUUCGCCUGGAAUGCACAACACCAGUUCCGACGAUAGCGGCAUUCAGAUCAAUGCGCUGACCAAGUUGAAGCACAAUGGCGUUGUGGGCGGUAACAGCAUUCUGCCUCGUCAAAACGCCGCCCCCGUGGCCCAAGCUGUGGGAUCAGGCUCCUCUCCAGUGGUGGUCAAUGGCGGUUUUGAUCUGACCCAACAAGGACGUGAUAUCCCGUUUGGACGUUCAUUUGGCUCCAAAGAUCAGCCCAUACGACCACCGACAGAUUGCAAGAGUCCCCGUGUCAACCGAACCAACUCGGUCUCGCAUACUUCAUUUUUCGCCACGGGAGGCUACGGCUCAGAGAGUUUAUCGUCGUCGAUUCCAUAUGGCGCACCUGGUGGUCGUGGAAACAGCGUGGCUAGCACGGAACACGCCGCCAAUUCUUACAAAGGAAACGGUUUUGCCAAUGGCUCUUCCAAUCUUUCCAAGGCAUUGCGCAACGACAGCGCUUCCUCGGAGUCCUCAGACCAUGUGCCUAACUUGCCAAACGGACAGCCCAUCCUGUCGAUCCACAUUUCGUCCCCUCAGGUCAAUUCAAUGACCAUCGAGCCACGUUUUGUCAUUUCCAAACAGAGAGUUGCACAGGCUCAAGCUCAGGCCCAGGCCCAGGCUCAGGCAGCUUCUUUGUCCAGCUCAGGACGCCAGGGUUCUCAGCUGGGUCUUUCAUUUUUCUUCUCGUCGAAGAACAAGGGCAAUCUGCAAGGCAAGGGAUCCUCCACAGAUCUUGGCUCGUUCUACAACAACCCAACUCCAAUCAACGAACACGCUGCAAUGGGCACGUCUCCAUCCAGUCUUUCAUCUGCGGACUCUGCUAACAUGUACAGCUCGUCCAAGCAUAGCUCCAUGGCCAACCUUAAAAGGUUCUUCAAGAAGGGCCAGUCUCCAUCCCAACCCAUCCCAGUUGGCAAAAUGUCCACUUCCAUGCGCUCAACUCACUCCGGCAGUGUUCCAGCAUCUGGCUCUUUUGCUUCUGCUUACCCCAGCCAGUCAGGCGGAUCUAAUGUGUCCGAGUCUUCCUACUCGCAAUCUCCAGUGACUGGUUUCGCUGUUGGUUCUUCUUCCGUCAGCAGAACUCCAUCAAUGGUUCGUGACAGAAGAGGAUCCAUCAAUGGCCUCACCAACUCACAGUCACAACAGUUGCCAUUCUCAAAGAGAUACAGUAAAUACGGAGAGAACCUUGGUGCUGGUGCCGGAGGGUCUGUCAGACUUGUGAGCCGUUUAGCUGAUAAAAAGACUUUUGCCGUGAAGGAGUUCAGACAGAAGUAUCAGAACGAGACAAAGCGUGAUUACGCCAAAAAGAUCACUAGUGAGUAUUGCAUUGGUUCGACCUUGAAACACCCUAAUAUCAUUGAAACUGUGGAAAUUUGUUACGAGAAUGAGAGAAUACUCCAGGUCAUGGAGUACUGUGAUUUUGAUCUUUUUGCUAUUGUGAUGUCCAACAAGAUGUCUCGCGAAGAGAUCAACUGCUGCUUCAAGCAGAUCCUAUCGGGUAUCAAUUACUUUCAUUCCAUGGGUUUAGCACACAGAGACUUGAAGCUUGAUAACUGUGUUGUGGAUGCCCGUGGUAUUGUAAAGAUUAUUGACUUCGGCUCCGCAGUGGUGUUCUCGUACCCAUUUUCAAAAACGUUAAUCGAGGCUCUGGGUGUUGUGGGCUCUGAUCCCUACCUUGCUCCAGAGGUAUGUGUCUUCAACAAGUACGAUCCUAGACCAGUGGACGUUUGGUCCGUGGCUAUCAUCUUCUGUUGCAUGAUGCUCAAAAAGUUCCCUUGGAAGGUCCCAAAGAUGAUCGACAACAGCUUCAAGCUUUUCGCUACUCGUGAAGAGGGCAAGUCGUUGAGCGAGAUGCUUGUUAGAACGCCAGACAAUUUCAGCAUGCCUGAGCUUGGCGCCGUGAUAGAUGAGGUUGAUGCCGGUGAUAUCUUAGAAUCUCCAACAACCGACGGCAAGCUGGGCGAAGGCAUGUCUCACACAUCUAGCGAGACUGGUCUCGGGCGUCUUUUACUUGCAUUGCCUGAAGACUGCCGUCCUUUGAUAGGACGCAUGGUUGAGUUGGCGCCAGCUUGCCGUAUCUCUAUUGAAGAAUGUUUCCAAGACGACUGGCUCAACAGCAUCGGCAUGUGCACAGUUGAAGAGCGCGUUAACAACGACGGUCUGUUUGAUUACCAGGUGUUCAAGGGUAGUGACCACGAGCACACCACCGUGGAUCAGUCCAAGGCCCACAUAGCGGCGUUUGACAAAAACAAAAAGAAGUAG